AUGUGUACGAGAGCGACCGCGGGACACGUCAAGCAAUGGGUGUGGGACCACAGCCAGGAUACAAUCGAAGGCGACAGGGUUUUCAGGGACACGAGCCCGAGCAAGCUCUCGGCCUCUCGCGUCGGCAGCACAGGCCUGCACGUGGCAGCUCAGCACUGUGUACUGAUACAAGUGGCUCGGCGCGCGUCGCUCGGUGAGGCGAGCAGACGGAUGCAGCUGGGAUGA